UAAAAACUCAAAAAACACAAUUUCUUAUCAGAGAAUUUGACCAACAAAAAACACUAAAAAUUACUAUUCAAUAACUAUUUAUGCACAAUUAUAUAACAAAAAUCUUCGCCCAAAAAUAAAAUGUGAUCUCUCAACCUUUACCGAGAUAUUCAUUAUGUACAAUCUUCUCACUGCGUCUCACAAACAAACUUAAAACCACCCCAAACCCCACUUCGUCCGCAUCCUCCUCAUACCUCAUUGCAAGGCAAGGCAUACGGCAACGGCAUACCACAAACCAGAACCAGAGUGACGUGAGAGAUUUGGAGAAAGUUCAAACUUGGAUCUAAAGUUUUUUUUUUGUAUUUCUGUUAGGUAUUUAGUAUUGCUUCGGAAUGGCAAAUGCCAAGUAUAUAAUUUUGUUGAGUGGAAAACGAAAGUGCGGCAAGGAUUACCUUGCUGAACAAUUAAAUAAAAGAUUGAAUGAACGAAGCCAAAUUGUAAGAAUCUCUUCGCCAAUUAAAACCGAAUGGGCAAAGAAACUCAAUCUAGAUCUCGAACAGUUGCUAAGCGAUGGACCAUACAAAGAGAAAUACCGAAAAGAAAUGAUUGAAUGGAGUGAUACUGUUCGAGCUGAAGACUAUGGUUACUUUUGUCGAAGUGCUAUGAAAAAUGCUGACCACGAAAUUGUUAUCGUCAGUGAUAUUAGACGUAAAAACGAUGUGAAAUAUUUCAAGGAGACAUACGGUGAUAAGAUUGUGACAAUACGUAUUACUUGUCCAGAGAUAAUACGUGCCGAACGUGGAUGGAUCUAUCAACUGGGUGUUGAUGAUGUACAAUCUGAAUGCGAUUUAGAUGAUUAUGAACAAUGGGACCUGGUAAUUGAGAAUAAUGGCUCACUUAAAGGAGAUCUAUUGGUUGCAUUGAUAUUUGCAAAAUUUCAAUUUGAUUAAAUUAAAUGUAUAGUUACUAAUUUUAGAUAGAAAUAGGACAUAAAUUUGUUAUAUUAUAAAAAGAAUAGAAAGACAGAAUCAAUUAUAUGAUACAAAAUGCAAUAAAAAUGAAAACGAUACCUCAACAUUUUGAUAGGUGAUGAAUCAUACAUAAAAAAGGGU